AUGAUGCCUUCUUGCUAUAAUAUCAAUAUUUCCUGCGUGAAAAGUAAUUUGCCACGAGAUAUACGUGCAUCCUUGUACAGUUUAAUGGUGCUCAUAAUCCUGACCACAUUGAUGGGCAAUCUGAUAGUUAUUAUUUCCAUAUCACAUUUCAAACAGCUUCAUACACCCACGAAUUUGCUCAUUCAUUCCAUGGCCACUGUGGAUUUCCUGCUUGGCUGCCUGGUCAUGCCUUAUAGCAUGGUGAGAUCUAUUGAACAUUGUUGGUAUUUUGGAGAAAUCUUCUGUAAAAUCCACACCAGCACCGAUAUUAUGCUGAGUUCAGCAUCCAUUUUCCACCUGUCCUUCAUUUCCAUUGACCGCUACUAUGCUGUGUGUGACCCACUGAGAUACAAAGCUAGAAUCAGUAUCUCGGUUAUUUCUGCGAUGAUCUUCAUUAGUUGGAGUGUCCCUGCUGUGUUUGCAUUUGGGAUGAUCUUUCUAGAGCUGAACAUCAGGGGAGUUGAAGAGGUGUAUUGCAAGCACAUUUACUGCCUAGGAGCCUGCUCUGUCUUCUUUAGCAAAAUAUCUGCAGCAUUGGCUUUUGUGACUUCUUUCUAUAUACCUGGGUCUAUUAUGUUGUGUUUCUACUGUAGGAUAUAUGUCAUAGCUAAUGGGCAGGCAAGAUCCAUCCAUGAUAGAAAUAAGAAAUUUGAAAUUAGAUUAGAAAAGAAAAAUGGAAUGCCACAAAGCAAAGAAUGGAAGGCUGUAAAAACCUUGGGGAUUGUGAUGGGCGUUUUCCUGAUAUGCUGGUGCCCUUUCUUUGUCUGCACAGUCAUAGAUCCUUUCCUGGACCAUGCUAUUCCACCCACUUUCAGUGAUGCCUUGAUUUGGCUUGGGUAUCUCAACUCCACUUUCAAUCCAAUGGUUUAUGCAUUUUUCUAUCCAUGGUUCAGAAAAGCACUGAAGAUGAUUCUGUUUGGUAAAAUUUUUCAAAAAGGUUCAUCUAGAAGUAAAUUAUUUUAG